AUGUGCGAAGAUAAGGGUUCUUGGCCUCUAUAUUGUAUAUUGCGUGGGACAAACUCAUUAAUAACGAAAUUGAUUUCGAAUUCUGGAUUUAUGGUUCUAAGACGAACUCCCUCGGGUUCAGAUCUAGACGAAGAGGAAUUAUUCAUUAAUGAGAAAAAUAUUUUAGUUGAUUCAUCGAAUCAAGAGGAAACGCAACAACAUAAUUUGAGUCAUUAUCAAAAGGGGCACGAACUUAAUAUUGAAAGCCAUAAUGGUCGUAAUGAUUACAAACAUGAAAAUCAUCAACAUAAUCAAGAAUUUGGUCAAAUAAACGCAAAAAAUAUAUGUUAUCAUCAUAAUGUAAAACCUUUACCAACAUUAAAAUAUAUAUUUUCAUCAUUACUUCCUUCACAAAAAACAUUAUUUACCUGGGGAAUAAUACAUUUAUUCUUAGGUAUAAUAUUAUGGUUAAAAGGUCAAUGGGGCUGUGGAUUAGCAGUCACAGGAUUUGCAUAUCUAGUAAUAUUUGAUGCAAUGGGAAUUUUCACAAUAUUUACUUCAUCUGUUCUGGCAACUUAUAGAUCAUUUAGAAUAUCUUCAAUAAGAAAUCCAUUUGGAAUUCAACGAUAUGAAAUAUUAUUUGGAUUUGUAAAUAUUUUAUAUCUUUUAUUUGUUGGAUUAUAUUUACUGAAGGAAGGCUUUGAACAUUUAAUAAUAGAAACAAGUGAAAACCAUAUAAAAAGUAUUAGUUCUCCAUUGCCAAUGGUUUGGAUUUUAAUUGCUCUUUGUGUGACAUUAAUAUCAGCAAUUGGUUACCAAAAUCAUUUAGGGUUUUGUGCAUUGUUAAAAUCUAUAUCAUUUAAUGGCAGGAUGUAUCAAUCUUAUUAUGAGAAGCUAAAUUUUGGAUUUAUAAAUUUUUUUACUUUGAUAACAUUAUUUUGUGGAGUUGGAGUGAUCACAAUUAGUUAUCUCAUGGAACAAAACCAAAAUUUAGGAUGGUUAGAUAAUUUAAUGUCUAUUUUGGAAUCUUUUUUCAUAUUUUAUCUUGCUGGUCCAGUUGCAAUAGCAUUGGGUAAAAUUCUAUUACAAACAACUCCUGAAGUAGCAUAUAGAAGUUUAGAUGAAUGUAUGCGCGAGAUCCAGCUUGAUCCAACAAUUUUAUCUUUAACUGCUACCCAUUUUUGGCAAAAUUCUUAUGGACAAGUGGUCGGUACAUUAUGUGUACACGUCAACCAAGAUGCUAAUGAACAAGUUGUCUUGUCAAAUGUAUACAAUAGAUUAAGUCCAUUGUUUAUAAAUAAUGAUGACGUCGGAAAGAUUCAUUAA